AUGGAUAGUGGAACAGCAGAGGACCCGGGUCCGAACAAGGCUGCAGACUCCCACCAUGCAGAUGAUCCGUUGAAAGGGCUGUCGCAUCUCGCUGACGGAUUGGAACCCGGGUCCUUCCAAGUAGAUGACUAUGAAGAGCUGGAGUUUGGAGAUGGCAUGGACUUCCUGGACACUGGGGAGCUGCGGACGCAGCUGUCACAGAAGCUGACUGCCAACACGGCAGCAGCGCGCAAACGCUACGCCAAGAUGCGCGCGCGAAUGAACACGCCGCACCAGAUCCUCGCUCGCGACAAGGCUGCUUUUGUCCUCGGCACCCUUGGAGCCAUGCUAUCAGCCUUCUGGCUGGGAAAAAGCCCGGGCACCUUCAAGCAGCUUUACACCAUUGCUGCCUUUGUUCUCUUUGCAGUCCGCUUUCUCAUCUACCGGUCCAAGGGGUGGCAUUACUACUUGCUGGACUACUGCUAUGUCGUGCAUGCGACACUCUUGAUCACCUUUGCCUAUGCAUCUGGCCCACUCGCCUGGUCAAUCCUGGCAUUCAAGAACUCCUUGGUGUUCCACUCGCUUGACAAGAUCACGUCGCUGUUCCUGCACUGGUUCCCGGCGUGCGUGGCCUGGACGGAACGGUGGCACCCGGACUCGGAAAUGCGCGUGGCCGAACGCAAGUCGCCGGAGGCCGCGCGCGACUGGAACACUGCCACGCUGACGCAACUGGUGUUCAUCGUGUCGUCGAACAAGAUCCAGGAGCGUAACUACGAGACGCUGUACAAGUGGAUCACACGCCAGAAGGGCAACAUCAUUACUCGCAUCGUGCUCAGCGUGCCGGCACCCUGGCAGCCGCUGGCGUACAUGUGCGUGCACAUCACCCUGACCACGAUGACAUUCGCGCUGUGCAAGCUGUGGUGGAGCAGCUACGAGGCGCACACAGCCUUCCUGCUUUUCAUCCUGGCGGUGUCAGCCUGGAACGGGGCCUCCUACUACUUUGACUACUUCUCCAAGCACUACUUUGCUGGCCUGGGGGCACGCAGCAAAUCAGAAUGA